AUGGCCGGCAUCGGCGGCCUCGCCCUCGAGGGUUUGUCCCAUCAACCUUGCUGUAAUUUCUUCUACUUGCUCAGUCGGUCUGAAUUUGCUCCCAGUGUCGUUCUUCCCAGCGGUGAGGGCUUCAUUUGCGACAAUGUAAUCAAUUACAAGGUUGUUCUGGCCUCGGGUGAGACUGUCAAUGCAAACGCGAACAGCCACGCCGAUCUGUGGACGGCCCUCAAGGACUGUGUUGAGAAGAUGAAGCAGGAUGUCGCGUCGCGAGGGCAGCUGGUGCCGUAUGUAUAUAUGAACUACGCAUGGACCCAUCAAGACCCCAUCGGCUCUUACGGCGUUGUGAACAAGAAGAAGCUUCAGCAGGCGGGCAAGAAGUAUGACCUCAAGGCUUGUUCCAGAAGGCUUGCCCUGGCGGCUUCAAGGUUUUCCCUUGAGAUACUGGCUUGGUAG